AUGGAUCCCGUGAGUCCUCUUUACUGUUACUCUUAGAUUAUUGAUCUUGAGAUUGUUUUACAAUCAGCAGGACCCAAACAAGGCCAGAAACUUAUAAGCAUCAAUAGGUCUCUUUGGGAAGCGGUGUAUCAGCUAGGAAAAAAACACAUUUUGUAUGUGUCGCUAUUGCAUGCUGGACUUUUAUCUUUUUCUCUUGCUUUGGGGUUCUUGAAAAUCUAUUCUUGGUGCAUCGUUAGUAGGGCUGUCCUCUGUUGUUGAUGAUGGUGUGCUAUCCAUACAGUUGUGCUUUCUAGCAUAAAGGGUCUCUGCCCCGCAGAGCUUACAAUCAAACGUCUACCUGUGGGAGAGAUAAGUGUAAUUUAGGAGGCGGAUGUAUGCCGAUGCAGUUCAGCAUACUCAAAAAGUCUUUCUAGAAGGGGUGGGUGUUGAGGCUUCACAGAAAAGGCAAGAUUUGAAGAGGGCUUGGAAAUGUGUGUUUGAGAAAAAAAAUCUCCAAAUGAAUCUGAACUUCAAUGUCUAAAAUCCCUGGUAGAGGACAAGGAUCCUGAGAUCACGUUAAGGGUGGCCAAAUUCUCUGCGAUUGCCAUAAAACCUAAGGAACAAGCUGUGCUAUUAUAAUGAUUAAGGUUUUAAAUGAUAAUUUUAGGUUAUAUGUUAGUGAUUAAGUUUUAAUUUUUAUAUAUUUUUAACUGUUCCUAUAUCUGUAUUGUCCCUGUUAUACCUCAUUGCAAAUUCAAAUGUACCCCUAACGUGUUUCAUGAUUUCCUUGAUAUUGUAUGUGGGCUGGAACUGGUCUGUGACCAAAAUAAUAAAAUUCAUUCAUUCAUGUGUUUGAGUGGGUAUGCAAAAAAUAAUAAUCUGUGGUUUGUUUACAGCGUCUUUAGGCUUCCCUAUAAGAGUUAGUGGAAGCAGCACUUUUAAUUGGAGGUUUAACAUGGGAAUAACAUGGCAGGAGGGAGAAGUAAUUGCUUGCUUUGUGGGACUAGCAAGCUGCUAGUCUUAAAGAUCUGGCAAGCCUUGGAUUCCCAACACUGUCUGUAGCAAAUGAAAUUCUCCGUGCUUCUGCCUAUUGAUUUAUUGGCGACUCUUUCCUCUUAUCCUGUCCCAUAGGUAUUAGGAAGUGCCCUCAUUGAUCCAUGGACCCGGUUUCACGCCAAGCCAAUGAAUGUAAGAGCCUUCACUUUCUUGCCCCUUUCCCUCCUAAAUCUCAUCAUUCCACCAUCGCAGCUGAAGACGUGUUUCCCUCUUCCCUAGGGGCUGGUUGCGACGGAUUUUGUCCUUAUGCACGGAGACACUGUCCAAGUGAAAGGGAGGAUCUCGUCGGAUGCCAAAGAGUAAGUUGAGAAGGAGGAAAGCGUCCUGAGACUCUUGUGGUGCAUUCAUAUUACUGCUUUGGAGUACAGAGAAGUUGCUAUCUCACCUGCUUGCCCCCCAAGCUGUUCAUAUCAGCAUGGCUUCAGUUAGUAUAAUAGGUAAAGGUAAAGGGACCCCUGACCAUUAGGUCCAGUCAUGACCGACUCUGGGGUUGCGGCGCUCAUCUUGCUUUACUGGCCAAGAGAGCCGGCGUACAGCUUCUGGGUCAUGUGGCCAGCAUGACUAAGCUGCUUCUGGCGAACCAGAGCAGUGCACGGAAAUGCCGUUUCCCUUCCCGCCAGAGCGGUACCUAUUUAUCUACUUGCACUUUGAUGUGCUUUCAAACUCCUAGGUUGGCAGGAGCAGGGACCGAGCAACGGGAGCUCGCCCCGUCGCGGCAAUUCGAACCGCCGACCUUCUGAUCGGCAAGUUCUAGGCUCUGUGGUUUAACUCACAGUCCCAGGAUGGAGUGUGGAGAAUCCUAUAUUGCACACUUUGUGACUCCUGUUGCACGACAGGGCUCUCCAAACUCUGAUCUGUGAGCUUCGUUCAGGUGGCCCUCAGCCUGUCAGCAAAAACACAAUUCAAAAUCCUACAGCAUCUGUUGCAGCACAUUACAACACGCAGGAAAAAAAUCACUAAGUUCUCAAUGUGGACCUGCAGUGAUUCUCAAGUGACCCAUGGAGGGAGGGGAAAUGUUGGGAUACCACUGUGUUCAGGCACUUAAGAGCCAUGGGCGAAGGAAGCAGAUUUGGGGGUCUAUCCUGCCACCCCAACAGUCUAUAUCAGGGUUUCCAUAAUUUGGGUCUCCAGCUGUUUUUGGAUUCCCAUCAUCCCUAGCUAGCAGGACCUAUGAGUGAUAAUUGUAGUCCAAAAACACCUGGAGACCCAAGUUUGGGAAACUCUGGUCUAUACAGUGGUAUCUUGGCCUUCAUACACUUCUGGUUACAGACUCCGCUAACCCAGAAAUAGUGCUUCAGGUUAAGAACUUUGCUUCAGGAUAAGAACAGAAAUCGUGCUCUGGCAGCGCAGCGGCAGCAGGAGGCCCCAUUAGCUAAAGUGGUGCUUCGGGUUAAGAACAGUUUCAGGUUAAGAACAGAUCUCCGGAACGAAUUAAAUACUUAACCCGAGGUACCACUGUAUGCUGCACUAGGUUGCUAAUUCCUGUGUGAUUCUGUUGCAUCCAUGAGCAAUAGAACCAGGCUUUAUUUCUAUUUAUUUUUAAAGCUACUGUUCUCAUGAAGCCCAAAUACAGCACUAAAUGCUCUCACUGUUUGGCAUACAGGUAAGAUGCCCAGGAGAGGGGCUGCAUAGUUGUUGUUUGUUUAUACAGAAGUCCAGGAAGCCUUAACCUCCACGCUCUUGUUUUCCAUCCUCUUCAAGUUUUGUCGUGAAUCUGGGCCGUGAUCGCAACAACCUCGUUCUUCACUUCAACCCCCGCUUUGACUACCAGACGGACGAGAACACCAUUUUGAACACCAUCGUGUGCAACUCCUUGCAGGACAGCGUCUGGGGGAAAGAACAGAGAAUCACCGAUUUCCCUUUUGAACAAGGUGCCAAAGUUCAGGUGAGGGUGUGGCAGUCUUAUCCAAGGUCUGUGUGCGAAUGGAGCAGGCAAGGGAGUGGCUCCUCUGCAGAGGACAUGAGUUGGGAGGCCUGCAGCCUUCAUGCAAGGGCCUUUUCGGUAGUGGCACCCGCCCUGUGGAACACUCUCCCACCAGAUGUCAAAGAGAACAACUACCAGACUUUUAGAAGACAUCUGAAGGCAGCCCUGUUUAGGGAAGCUUUUAACGUUUGAUGCAUUACUGUAUUUUAAUAUUUUGUUGAAAGCCACCCAGAGUGGCUGGGGAAGCCCAGCCAGAUGGGCGGGGUAUAAAUAAUAAAAUUAUUAUUAUUAUUGUACUCCUAUCGACCCCAGCCAGUAUGGCCAAUGAUCAGGCAUGGGAGCAAUACCUGAACAUCUGGAAGACCCCAGGUAUCUUUUCCUUAGAGCAGGCACCCCCAACUCAGCCCCCCAGAUGUUUUGGGACUACAACUCCCAUCAUCCCUAGCUAGCAGGACCAGUGGUCAGGGAUGAUGGGAACUGUAGUCCCAAAACAUCUGGAGGGCCGAGUUUGGGGCUACCUGCCUUAGAGGGUGUGGAAGGAAGACCUUCCUCCUUUCAAAAAUGCAGUUUAUAUGUGUAGAACUGGAAUGCAGGUGUCUGAAGACUGGCUUGACUGAAUAAGACUUCUGUGCUUUUAUUUUUUAAAAAAUAUGUGCACAGGCCAGCUCACCUUUGCCUAUAAAAAAACUAGCAUGUAAGGAUUCUAGCCUGGCCCUCCUGAGAAGCUAGUUUUCUGCACACAGGUUCUUUCCCUCCUGUGAUUCUAUCUCUAGCUCUGCAUUCUGUACCAGCUCCACUCCAAGCUUGGAGGAGGCCCUGCAAAAUAAAAAAUAUAGAUGGAGGUAAUUUUUAUGCAAAUUAUGCAUCUUCAGUACAAAUGAGCAACUCUGUCUUAAUUCUGGGUGUAUAUCAGUUUGCAUCUGGCCUGAGCAAACACUGUAGCUGCAGUGAGGCUGCUCAUUGGGAGAAUUCUGUGUGCAAAAUGCAAGGCUGCUACAGUGGCUUGGGCGAUACCUUCUGUUGUUCUAAUAGAAUUGUAGAGUUGGAAGGGAGACUGAGGGUCAUCUAGUCCAACCCCCUACAAUGCAGGAAUCUUUGUGUAACAUUUUGUGUAGCGAGCAUUUUCACAAGUUUAAACAUUAAUAUGGUACACCCCUCUCCCCAUCUUAUCCUGUUUGUAACAUGAGGGAUUAAGUCCAGGGGUCAGUAAACUUUUUCAGCAGGGGGCCGGUCCACUGUCCCUCAGACCUUGUGGGGGGCUGGACUAUAUUUUUUGGGGGGGGGAUGAACGAAUUCCUAUGCCCCACAAAUAACCCAGAGAUGCAUUUUAAAUAAAAGGACACAUUCUACUCAUGUAAAAACACGCUGAUUCCCGGACCGCCAACAGGCCAGAUUUAGAAGGCAAUCCGGCCCCCGGGCCUUAGCUUGCCUACCCAUGGAUUAAGAUAACUCUGGUCCUUGGGCUCUGAAGUGCCUCAGACUCGGCUGAAAUGUAAAGCACUUGGGUAGAAGCAGCCUCAGACAGGAAAUGGAAAUGCUGAAUGCCCAAUGUCUAUGCAGUAGUUGCCAUUCCUUUUAGUCUUUGAGGGCAUGUAAAGUGUUUAGUGUCCUGAUUUUCUCACGACUCCUCCUCCUGCUUCUUCCAGCUUUCCUUCAUUUUUCUUUCUGCGGAGAUCAAGGUGAAGCUGGCAGAAGGUCACGAGUUCACCUUCCCCAACCGACUGGGCCUGAAGACCAUCAGCUACAUCAAGGUGGAAGGAGACUUCAGAAUCAGAGCCCUCAAAUUUCUCUAAUUUCGCCUUGCGUCCCUGUAGUCCUGCAACAAGUCUGAAUAAACUCAACUGUUCUUCCAAAACUGCCUGCGUGGUUUUAGUUUGUAACAGUCAGGGGAAAUAUUUUUGAGUCCAGGAGCCUCGUUCCCUACUGGAGAGCCUUCUGUGGCCCACAUGACCAUGGUGGGUGGAGCCAGAGGCAAAAGUGGGCGGGGCAACAAAUAUAAAUAUUGCCUUAGAACAGUAGGGUAUUUUCUAGGUAAAGGUAAAGGGACCCCUGACCAACUCUGGCCAACUCUGGGGUUGCGGCGCUCAUCUCGCUUUAUUGGCCGAGGGAGCCGACGUACAGCUUCCAGGUCAUGUGGCCAGCAUGACUAAGCCGCUUCUGGCGAACCAGAGCAGUGCAUGGAAACGCCGUUUACCUUCCCACUGGAGUGUUACCUAUUUAUCUACUUGCACUUUGAGGUGCUUUUGAACUGCUAGGUUGGCAGCAGCAGGGACCAAGCAACAGGAGCUCACCCCAUUGUGGGGAUUCGAACCACUGACCUUCUGAUCGGCAAGUCCUAGGCUCUGAGGUUUAACCCACAGCGCCACCCACGUCCCCUAGGCACACUCAAAACCCCCACUCACUUCUCCCUCUAGACCAGUCUCUCUCAACCUCUGGUCCCUGGCUGUUGUUGGGCUGCAAAUCCCAUCAUCUCUAGCUAGCAGAACCAGUGGUCAGGGGUGAUGGGAGUUAAGCCAAGGUUAAGAAAGGCUGGUCUAGACUCUAGACUGGUGGUUUUCAACCAGUGUGUUGUGGCACCCUGGGGUGCCUUGAAUGAUGGUUUGGGGUGCCAUGGGCAACACUGGCCUCUGUCCUUCUUUCCUUCUCUCCCUCCUUGAUGCCCUCUCAUGUCUCUGCCUCCCGAAGGCUUGCACGGCCGGUUGUUGUAGCAGCCCUGGCUGCAAGCUCCCCAGGUGAAUGGUUGCCUCUGGGGCUGGCCAGGGGGUUGCCAGGAGCCAAGGCGGCCUUGGAGUGAGCAAGCAAGUGGGCGUGGGAGCCCAGCCAUCUAGUCUGCCAGCCCUUGCUGUUGGGAACAGACAGACAAAAGGGAGGCAGGCAGUGUGCUGGUCUUUUUGUGCUUGCUGUGUGCAAGGCCUGCCUGGGAGCCGAGUGCCCGUUGCUGAAGCCUUUCUGCCACAACAAACAAUACAAGCAACACAGAGACCAGUAUACUAGAUAGCACUGUAAUUCUUAUUGCAUAAUAUACCGUAUUUUUCGCUCCAUAGGUCCGUACUUAACCUCCGAAACUGAAGGAAUUGUGUACAUCCAUGAAGCACUGCAGCUUUGAAGCCUGGAGAGUGAGGGCCGUGCACCAUGCCUCUCGCUCUCCAGGCUGCAGCAAUUUCUGCAGCCUUGCAAGCCCGGUGGAGUUCCCGCAGGCUCACAAGGCUUGCAGGCAAGCCUGCAGCCCGGUAGUGUCUGCAGGCUUGCGUGCCCAGCAGGAGGUCCUGCCUAACGCGAGGCUGAGGCGGUAGUGUCGCCCGGCACGGAGCCCUCAGAGGGUGCCCAUGCUUGCAAGUGUGCACAAGGCUGGGCGGCAGCCAGCUGGUGGACUAUUUUGUAUUCUCCCAGCAACUGUAAGUUCUAUGGACGGUGCCAUAGAACGAAAAAUACGGUACAUGAUUUAGUAACAAAAACAAAAUGUGUGCACUUGUAAAUUCUCUAAUAUAUUUGAAAUCAAUUGAACACACAUCUGUCAAUCUUUGAAAGUCCGCAGAAGUAUAAUAAGUCUAUGGUUGAAACAAAGUAAUGGAUGCUAUCCUGUGGGCUAAGCAGUAAAACUUUUUUUAGGCAUUUAUGGUGCCAAAGUAGUAGGUGAAUAAAAACGGACAGUGAUCCCGGAUAAUCUGACUGUUUCACUGGAAUCUUCUUCAGCACAACUACAAAAGAAUUCAAAUAUGAAACAAUGACCUCUGUACAUGAAAACUAUAUAAAUUUCACACAUUACAAGCCAUAUGCUACAACUAAAAUAAGAAGAACAAAGGUAUUCUGUAUUGAAGCCUUUCUGCCAUGCAGACCUGGCAGGGGCCACUGUUACCUCCCAAAGUGCUGGUCUUAUGUUAAUCUUUGGCCAGUCUCUGUUGGGUCACUAAGGCUGGGGACAUCCUCUUCCUAGGUCCCUGUGGGGCAAACCUCACUUUGGGGCAGGGGGGGUGCAGUUCAGAAACCAGGGAUGGUGGCAGCGACAGCCCAGAGGACUCCCAAGGAGAGGGGAGAAGAAGCUGAGGGAACACUCCACAAGGGAGGGUGUUUGAAAAAGGGUGAGAUGCAGGUAAGGGGUGAUAUAAUUCCUGAGCUCCACAUAGGUGCCACAGAAAGAAUGUAGUUGGUCAAGGGAGCUGUGGACUCAAAAAAGGUUGAAAACCUCUGCUCUAGACAAGCAGGUAGUAUUGGGCAAGAACACUUGGAGAUGUGAAAUCGGACCAGUGAGGGGUGUGUGGCUAGGAAACCUAUUGAGGGCCACACAAAGGAGUCUUGGGGACCACAUUUGGCUUUCUGGACUGAAGUUCCUCACCUGUAUUUUAUAAAAAUUGGUACAUCCUGCUGUCCUGCAUUUUCUGUGGAGAAAAGGGGAAAUUCUGGUGCCCUCUUCUAAAGUUGCCUGUGUCAAAAUGAUCUGAAAGCCUCUUUUGUUUGGUACCUAUUCUGAUGGGUUGUCCUGGCUGGCAGUUUAAAUCACAGGAUUUAAACAGUACAGGAGAGGUGCCCGUCCACAAAAGGGUUGCAAUCUCCAUGGCGUGAUGCACAUGUCUAUGUUUUGAAGCAAGAUCAUGGUAAUUCUUUGCACAUUUGGGACAGGUAAGUAAUCUAGAUGGACAAAAUCAUAAGCAACCAUUUACCAGGAAAGGCCACUGAGGAAGAUUUCCUGGGAGAUGGGAAAGGAAAAUAUAUUCAGAAGCCACAUAAUAUGUGCCGUCCCCUGACCCCUGCUGCAAUGACACAGUAGCUGCAGGCAAGAGCGAGAGGAUGCUAUGAGGAACUGUGACAUCACCCAAAACAGACACUUUGGGGCCUGAAACUUGAAUGGAAGAGGUCUAAAUGGUCUGCAUCCUCGACUGUAAUGAAAUUAGAAAGUUUUGGAAAAGGAUAUACAACGAGCUGAAGAAAAUGUUCCAUCUAACAUUUGUUAAAAAACCUGAAGCAUUUUUGUUAGGGAUUGCAGGAAAAGACCUGCCAAGGAAAGUGAAAAAUAUCUUUAUGUAUGUGACAACGGUGGCAAGAGUCUUAAUAGCACAAGGAUGGAAGAACGAGGAAAUCCCAUCUAAAGAAUUAUGGCAAGAGAAACUGAUGGACUACGCAGAAUUGGCAAAACUGACAUACAAACUAUGGGACAAGGAUAACUGUGACUUUAGGACUUCCGGGUUAGCGCCAUCGCCGAAUGGCGGACUCCCUCCGAGCUCCGGAGGGAGUCUGCUCAGCAGGGGCUGGGUCCUACCGCGCCGGCGACGCGGGGACCCUUAAAAACCACGGGCACGGAGUCCGUGGACCGGGGUGACUCGGCUUGCACCCUUAGCGCCCUCCCGACUCGUGACGGAGCCUGUUUAUAGGCGUCGGUUCGGGUGCCGGGAGUGGCGUGGUGCUUGAGUCCACUGCUUUCCCUGCCGAGCGCAGCCGCAUGCCAUUCGACGGAGAGCGCUGACUUCUUCUAUUGAAAAUUUGGACUAUUAACAACAACCCGUGAGUAAUUGGAAAUCGGGUUCAAAAUUUUGGAUUUGGCACGAGCGGGGCGAUUUAAAAGGAAGUCAAUCCCCCUAUUGUAAGCAUUCCAAAACAAGGACUGGGUAACCAAGGUCCAAAGGGAAGUAUGUCUCUGAUAAAAAUCAUUAAUUUCACGAUGGGAAAUUAUAAGAAAUGUGCUGGAGGAGAAGAGUGGAGGGUGAGAAGAAAAAUGCAACCCCCCCCCCUGGGAACCAGGGCGAUUCGUGGAGCCUGGUGAAGAGAGACGGAGACUUUGACAGCUGUCAAGGUGGCUGUCAAAGCUGGAGAAUAUAAAGAGGACUUUAUGAGGAUCUUGCUGGUUAAUUUUGUUACAAUUUGCUAUAAUAUGGAUAUAAACUGUUGGAAAAUAAGCAACAAUUUGACUUUUGGAUUAGAGGAUACAAAGUUAUUACAAUCCCCUAGAGGGGUUUCGGGAUACUACAAGAACGGUCGUAAGUGGAAAAAUACCCUGGGAUUCGCACAGGAUUUGUUAUCUUCUGGGAAAGCUGCAAAACUGAAAGAGUAUUUUGUCUACAGAGGAAGACAAUGGAAUUUUUAUUGAAGAAAGAAAGGGACUGGACGUAAGUUUUUGUUCCUGAAUAACAAACCUCUGCAGAGACACUAGAUUUCUGAAUUAGAAAGUUUUAGCAGCUGAACAGGACAAGAAACCUGAGAAAGUGAGGAAUAAGAAGAAUAAAGGACUGAUUACGACACGGAAAGAACAACGGGAGGAGUGGUAAAGAUCAAGGAAAUUAAAGGCCUUUGUUAGAUUGGACAUUUGAAGUCAAAUAUUAUUUAAAUUAAUAAACUAAAAGAAAACCGGCAAGAUGGAAUCGGGAGAAAUCUGGUCAUGAAAUGAGACUUCCAAGCUGAUAAUGUAUAGACUGAUGGACAUGGGGAAUUCAAACCGGGGAAGGGGGAGAUUUGAAAUCCAAAGGCUGUGUAACCAUUUUUGAAUUUUUCUAUAUCUCUUAUUGUUUAUUUCUUUACAUAACUUACGCAUGUUAUUUUAUUUUGAUCGGACGUGUUUAAAAAAAGGGAAUUUGUGGAAGGAAUUGGGGUGGAUCUUGGGGAAAAUCUUUUUUCUUUUUCUGUUAAUGAUGUGGGACGGUGGUAAGAUUUGUACAAUUCAAUCUGGAUAGUGGGUUAAACAAAUUAAGCUUUCAAAUUGGGAGUGAGAGCUUGUAGAACCAAAUUAAGGAAAGGGGAAUACACUCGGGGGAGGGGGAGUCCCAGAAAGUAGGGAAUGAAAGUAAGGCUUUUAAAUAUCUUUUUUCUUUUGUCUUUUUUCUUUGUAUUUUUAUAUUUUUGGAAACUUUAAUAAAUAUGAUUUAAAAAAAAAAAAAAGGAUAACUGUGACUUUAAAGAUGAAUGGGAACCUUUUACAAAGCACUUAAAGAAACAACAAAGUGAACUGAACUCCUUGGCAGGUUUUGAUUAAACAAUCACAAACUUUUUAUUGACAAUAGCCAGUCAGAUAAAUUAAGGAUCUAUACAAUUGUGUAGCAUGCAGAGAAUAACAUUUGUUGAUAAACCAGAGAGAGGCAGUGGUGUAGCGUGGGGGGUGCAGGGGGGCCCGGCCGCACCGGGCGCAACAUCUGGGGGUUAGGGUUAGGGGGCACAAAUCCACGGGUUAGGGGGCGCAAAUUACUUGCCUUGCCCCGGGUGCUGACAACCCACGCUACGCCACUGGAGAGAGGGAAAUCAGGGGGGAGGGUGGGUUACUUUAUGGGGAGGGGGAGGGGGGAAAUGGUGGGGGAAUUGAUAUGUCUUUUUUGAUAAAAUGUCUUGUUGAAAUUCCAAAUAAAUAAAUAUUUAAAAUAAAUAAAUGGUCUGCAUCCUCCAGACAUGCCUGGAGCUGUGCCACGAUUCUCUGCUUGAUUGCCUUGCCCAGGAAUAGAAUACUGGAGACUGGGCAACAGUUGGCCAUAGUGGCCAGCUCCAAAGAUGGUUUAAUAACUGCUUCUUUAAGGGGUUCCAGGAAGACUUCCUCACAGAGGGAAGCGUUCACCACCCCAUGGAGCUUGUUGCCCAGCUCUGCCCAGCUCGCUUUUAUGAGCUAGGAUGGACAAGGGCUGAGAAGACGGGCUGUUGGUUCUACUUGCGCAAGCAGCCUGUCUACAUCCUCGGAGGUAACAGAGGAUGAGGCUUCCCCAGCUGGUGUGGGAGGAGACAUUUCCAAAUCUGCCCAGUGCUCCACUCUGUGGGAAUGUUGGCAGGAAGGUAGUGCAGUGUAGUGGUUAGAGUAGUGUCAGACUAGAACUAGCGAGACCCCAGUUCCAAGCCCUAGACAUGAAUCGCCAGUCACAGUCUCUCAGCCGAGCUGAGCUUGCAGGGCUGUCAUGAGACUAAUGAGGGGGAGCCAUGCUUGCCACCCUGAGUUUCUUGGAAGGAGAGUGGGUCAGAAUGUAAUUAUUUAUAAUAACAAAAUAAUGGUAGGGUAGAUGGUUGAAAAUAUACUCCAGGCAAAGCACAUUAGUUCACUGGAGAUGCCAAAAGCACAAGCAGCUUUAAAUCUAUUUUUUAAAAUGAAACACAGCAAAUAUAAUCUGUCUUCCUGCAUGGCUGUCCCAGAACUGAUCUACCUCCGUCCAAGUGGAUACAAAGCAAUGUAGGAAGAGUCUACUGCAUGGUGCCUUUAAAUAUUGUUACCCACCCACCCACCACCCCGAUUUCCAAGCCUUGUGAGAUCCAGGGGGCCUGUGUUUCCUUUUGGACAAGGAGGCUCAGCGGAGACUGUGGUGUCUUUAUGUUAUAUGGUUUAUUUGCACAAACAGUGGUGCCUCGGUUUACAAACUUAAUCCGUUCUGGAAGUCCGUUCUUAAACCGAAACUGUUCUUAAACAGAGGCAUGCUUUUCCUAAUGAGGCCUCCCGCCGCCAGACCCCUUCCACCGUUUGGCUUCCGUUCGUAGACUGAGGUAAAGUUCACAAACCGGGACACUACUUCCGGUUUUGCAGAGUUCGUAAACCGAAUACCGUAGUUCGUAAACAGGGCUGUUCUUAAACCGAGGUACCACUGUUUACCAUGGUACCUUGGUUUGCAACAGUUUUGGAUUACAGCCAUUUUGGAUUAGAACCACAUCAAACCCUGAAAUGUGUGUCCCUUUUUUUGGAUUACAACCCUUUUUUUAAUUAUUAUUACAACCAAUUUUUUUUGGGGGGGAGGCCUCAUUGGCGAAAGCAUGCCUUGGUUUACAACCUGCUUUGGUUUACAAUCAGACCUCCGGAAUGGAUUAUGGUUGUAAACCAAGGUAUCACUGUAUACAACCUGGGUUUAGAUGGCGAGAUUGGUCUAGAUGGCAUUCACAUCCCAGGAGGUCCUGUUCCUUCCAGUGCUGCCGUCUCAGAUUCCCAGAGACCCCAAACAUCGUGUCUGACCCUCUGUGCAGCCUAAAACAGACAGCCCCUUUUCUCCUUGCCCCCCACCCCAACUUGCAAAAUUGAUAUUUUUCUCCUGUUUGCUUACAUCAUCCAAACUGCCAACCUGAGACUUCUCCCACUCUGCUCUGGCAUUGUGUUUUGCUAAGUACUUGGAGCGGAAGAUGGGGUACAUAGCCUUGCUGAUGGUUUCUCUCCCUCUCUGUGUCACUUGGUCCAUGACUUGGACCAUGACUUCAGUAAUGGCCUCUUGAUGGUUCUUCUCAAUGGCUCCUCUCCCAGGUGGUCACGGAAAGCUUCCACCUUAACCCAACAAGCACUGAUUCAUUCUAGCUUUUAUUAGACUCAGGAAUUUAGGGGGGAUCUGGCCCCUCACAAACUCACAACAGUGCCAGGGCCCUGGGUUCAAAUCCUCACUCAACCACGAAGCAGUCCCGGGCUCCAUCCAUUCCCCACUGAAGACCAAUCAAAGCGAUGGGCAUCUCAGCUCUUUCCUUUCAUUGGCUCAGUUGUUGCUGGCCUGCUUUUCUGCUUGUGUGGCUAAACAAAAUCCAGGUCAAAGGUGGGGAGGGAGAAUGAACAAAUGCCUGAAUGGUUACCAGCCAGGAGGCUGUUGAUUUAAAUUGCAUAAGGCGGUGUUGGCCAACAGUGUGCUCUCCAUAGGUUUCAGUAUCCAACUCCCAUCAGCCUCACCUGAGCACAGGUGAGGGCUCAGGCUGAUGGAAGCUGUAUCCUCAAACAUCUGGAGGUACUAAAGGUAAAGGUAAAGGGACCCCUGACCAUUAGGUCCAGUUGUGGCCGACUCUGGGGUUGCGGAGCUCAUCUCGCUUUACUGGCUGAGGGAGCCGGCGUACAGCUUCUGGGUCAUGUGGCCAGCAGGACUAAGCCCCUUCUGGCGAACCAGAGCAGCGCACGGAAACACCGUUUACCUUCCUGCUGGAGCGGUACCUAUUUAUCUACUUGCACUUUGACGUGCUUUCGAACUGCUAGGUUGGCAGGAGCAGGGACCGAGCAACGGGAGCUCACCCCGUCACGGGGAUUCAAACCACCGACCUUCUGAUCGGCAAGUCCUAGGCUCUGUGGUUUAACCCACAGCGCCACCCGCGUCCCUUUCUGGAGGUACUAGGCUGGCGUAAAGAAAUAGCACCAGCUGUUUGAGCUUAUCAGGUGUGUUCCCAGCAGGGUCGGAUUUAGGUUUGAUGAGGCCCUAAGCUACUGAAGGUAAUGGGGCCCUUUAUGUCCAUCUGUCCUUUGUCAACAACAAAUUGUCGCUGUUUUUUGUGUUGAAUAUAUGGUAAUUUAUGGACCUAAUAGGUAUCUAAAACCAUUUUAUUUGUUUUUUACCUUAUAUUUUGGAAAUGUACAUCCAGUUUCCCCCCUUUAAAUUGCUUGGGGGCCCCCAAGAGAGUGGGGCCCUAAGCUAUAGCUUGUUUAGCUCAUACGUAAAUCCGGCACUGGUUCCCAGUCAUCAGAAACAGGCCAGCUGUUUAGCCUAUUGGCUCUGAUUUUCUCCACCUUGCAUUGCUAGAGAGAGGAGAAGACGCUCCACUCACUGCAAACCCUUUUUAUCACAUGAUGCAGUUUAAAAGGACCUUGAAAACAAGCCUCAGCUAUUUAAGGUGUAAGUGGGGCUUCUUUUGCAGAGGUUGGAAGGAAUAAAGUUUUGGUUAUUUGCUGCACCCUUGGAAGAGAUCAUCAUGCAGCCCGUGAGUCUUGUAUGUCCAUUUUUGUGGUUGUUAGUAUAGGAGGCAGUUGCUAUUGAAGCUGUAAUACCACCAAGUGCAAUAGAACUAUCCUGGAAAUUUAGAAGGAUUAAUAGGAGGCUUGUUCUCUCUAGGGAAGAGCAUGAUUGUUUCUCAGCUGCUAACUCUUAUAUCUCUGACUUCUAGCCUCUGUUUCUCUGGCUGCUUCUGGGUUCUUUAUUUUAAUUUUUUAUUGAAAGCAUUUCAAUUGAGCAAAAUUAAGUAAAAAAAAAAGUCAUAAAGAGAAAAAGGUGUAUUAUAUCACUAUAUAUGCAAUCAACUACAAUUCCACAAGUGCUUCUCUAGAAUACAGGCAUAUAAAUGUUAUUAUCCAAAUACAUGUAGGGUUAUUUAUAACCAUAUAUUUGUAAAUAUGUUCCAAAUUUCAUUAUACUGCUUCUAAAGUAGGUCCAGAAGCAGCAGCUACCGCAAAAUGCAGCAGGUCAGCUGCUCACUGGGGCAGGAGAAAGGGCGAGAUAUAAAUUCUGUAAAGGACCUAGUAGGAAAACGUGGGAUUUGAGAAGGGUAUUUGAGUGAACAUGGCUAAGUCAUCUAUUUUAUGGUUCACUUACAGUAUUUGUAAAAGGUAAAGGGACCCCUGACCAUUAGGUCCAGUCGUGACCGACUCUGGGGUUGCGGUGCUUAUCUCGCUUUAUUGGCCGAGGGAGCCGGCGUACAACUUCCAGAUCAUGUGGCCAGCAUGACUAAGCCGCUUCUGGCAAACCAGAGCAGCGCACGGAAAUGCCAUUUAUCUUCCCGCUGGAAUAGGAAAUGCCUAUUUAUCUACUUGUACUUCGUGCUUUCGAACUGCUAGGUUGGCAGGAGCAGGGACCGAGCAAUAGGAGCUCACCUCAUCGCAGGAUUUGAACCGCCAACCUUCUGAUCGGCAAGCCCUAGGCUCUGUGGUUUAGACCACAGCGCCACCCGUUUCCCUUACAGUAUUUGUAGGCUGCCCUAAAGCAGAGUUCCUGGAGGCAGCUCAUUCUAUUAACCCUAGUGUUAAAAUUCCUGCACAGGUUCCCUAGCACUGCUCUAACCAAUGCUAUCUAUGCUCUUGUCUGUCUGUCUGUCUAUUGUUGACGGCUUCCUUUUGUUCUCCUUUUGCAGCAACCGCCAAGUCUGCUCGGAGGUCCCUGGGCUCACCUUAUUUCCAGGACAAAGACUGUAAGAGCAUUAAUUUCCCUUCCCCCUUCCCCUCCUGAAUCUCACCCUGCCACCACUGCGGUUGAAAAAUGUCUCUCGUUUCCCUUGCUAUAGGGAGUGGUUGCCACUGAGUUUCAAGUCCUGCAUGGAGACAUGGUCCAGAUAAAAGGAAGGAUCCUGCCAGAUGCCAAAGAGUGAGUAGGGAAGGGGUGGAGCAUCGCCUGUCUCCAGGAACUUGCGUGUAGGCACACUGUGUAAAAGGUCAAGGUAAAGGGACCCCUGACCAUUAGGUCCAGUCAUGGCCGACUCUGGGGUUGCGACGCUCAUCUCGUUUUAUUGGCUGAGGGACAUGUGGUUCCGGGUCAUGUGGCCAGCAUGACUAAGCCGCUUCUGGCGAACCAGAGCAGUGCAUGGAAACGCCGUUUACCUUCCUGCCGGAGCGGUACCUCUUUUUUUAUAAUUUAAAAUAUAACUUUAUUGAAUAAUACAAUCAAAUUUCCAGACAUAUCUGCAAAAAACAUAAUUAUUUACAUAUUUGCCAAACAUAAAGAGUAAGAAGAAACUAAAAAAGAAAAGAUUAGAGAACUGGGCCAAAACAAACAAGAUGAAUUUUAACAGGGAGAAAUGUAAAGUAUUGCACUUGGGCAAAAAAAAUGAGAGGCACAAAUACAAGAUGGGGGACACCUGGCUUGAGAGCAGUACAUGUGAAAAGGAUCUAGGAGUCUUGGUUGACCACAAACUUGACAUGAGCCAACAGUGUGAUGCGGCAGCUAAAAAAGCCAAUGCAAUUCUGGGCUGCAUCAAUAGGAAUAUAGCAUCUAGAUCAAGGGAAGUAAUAGUGCCACUGUAUUCUGCUCUGGUCAGACCUCACCUGGAGUACUGUGUCCAGUUGUGGGCACCACAGUUCAAGAAGGACACUGACAAACUGGAACGUGUCCAGAGGAGGGCAACCAAAAUGGUCAAAGGCCUGGAAACGAUGCCUUAUGAGGAACGGCUAAGAGAGCUGGGCAUGUUUAGCCUGGAGAAGAGGAGGUUAAGGGGUGAUAUGAUAGCCAUGUUCAAAUAUAUAAAAGGAUGUCACAUAGAGGAGGGAGAAAGGUUGUUUUCUGCUGCUCCAGAGAAGCGGACACGGGCAAUGGAUCCAAACUACAAGAAAGAAGAUUCCACCUAAACAUUAGGAAGAACUUCUUGACAGUAAGAGCUGUUCGACAGUGGAAUUUGCUGCCAAGGAGUGUGGUGGAGUCUCCUUCUUUGGAGGUCUUUAAGCAGAGGCUUGACAACCAUGUGUCAGGAGUGCUCUGAUGGUGUUUCCUGCUUGGCAGGGGGUUGGACUCGAUGGCCCUUGUGGUCUCUUCCAACUCUAUGAUUCUAUGAUUCUAUGAAAAGGGAAAAAAACAAAAAGAAAAUGCUGUUUUCCCUAAACAGUAAUUCCAGAGUUACGCUCACACACAUUAUAAAAUACAAAUCUUAAUUGAAAUAUCUUAAAAGACUUCCACCGCCUAAACCACACUUCUUUUGUUAUUUAAUUCUCCUUUACCCCCCCCCCCCCCGUCACGGGGAUUCGAACCUCCAACCUUCUGAUCGGCAAGUCCUAGCCUCUGUGGUUUAACCCACUGUGUGUACAUAGCCCUUAAACGUGCUUCUGAGAGUGGAGAAUCUCUUAUGUAUGCCAGGCAAGCUCUGCCCUGGUCAUGUGUCCAGGACAUAGCAAUUCACACCUGUACCAAGAUCUUAAGCUGAAUGCCGAAGCACCUGGUUUAUUAAAACAGGGCAUGGAAGGGCGAAUCAUGUUCUAAACAAGGAUGCAGAACACAGAUCCUCUCAUGUUUUUUUACCUGAUUUCCUACUACAGCCACACCCUUAAAAUGGAGAGUAAAUUAGAAGAGAGAUUGCAAGAGGGCUGUGCCUGGGUGUAUGGAGAAAACACCCUACUGCACAAAAGUAAAAUGUAUUUGCCUACCUUCUUCUGCCUCUGGCACUGCCUGCUGUUGGCAUGUUACCUAGGAAGGAAUGCAAACCACCUCCCCACUGGGCUUAAACAGGUUCCUCCCACCCUGUGCUGAUGUGUAGAUGAAAUCUUAGUUUCUACCAGCUGGCUAGGGCCGAUGAGAGUUCCCAAAACAUCUGGAGCAGUCUUUCUGAACCUGUGGGUUCCCAGAUCUUGUUGAACUACAACUCCCAUCAGCCCUAGCUAGCAAGGCCAGAGCUCAGGGAUGAUGGGAGUUGUAGUCCAACAACAUCUGGGGACCCACAGGUUGAGAACUGCUGAUUAUUCUGGAGGGUACCAGGUUAUAGUAUGCAGUAGCCAGCAACAAAAUAAACUUGCUCCAUCAGCAUGGCAAGCCCUUCAAAACAUUUGAAGAUGCCUUUCCUAUAGCAUCCUAACUCUCUUGUCUAGAACCUGCGUACCUUGUUGUUGUUGUUGUUGUUGUUGUUGUUUAGUCGUUUAGUCGUGUCCGACUCUUCGUCACCCCAUGGACCAGAGCACGCCAGGCCCUCCUGUCUUCCACUGCCUCCUGCAGUUUGGUCAAACUCAUGCUGGUAGCUUCGAGAACACUGUCCAACCAUCUUGUCCUCUGUCGUCCCCUUCUCCUUGUGCCUUCCAUCUUUCCCAACAUCAGGGUCUUUUCCAGGGAGUCUUCUCUUCUCAUGAGGUGGCCAAAGUACUGGAGUCUCAGCUUCACGAUCUGUCCUUCCAGUGAGCACUCAGGGCUGAUUUCCUUAAGAAUGGAGAGGUUUGAUCUUCUUGCAGUCCAUGGGACUCUCAAGAGUCUCCUCCAGCACCAUCACUCAAAAGCAUCAAUUCUUUGGCGAUCCUGCCUACCUUACUUGGUCCCAUUAACCAAGUUGCCUUCCCAUAGCCCCCUCAUCUUCAGCAGGGGGAUGUUGGCCUUCCUUACAAGGCUGUUGUAAAUUAUGUAAUGGUGAAUGUGGGAUACAGGGAUAUUGAUGUUGAGUUAAGUAAUUUAAGAAUUACAGGGAUUGGCAGACACAUUAUGCAGAUCUUGGGCUCCAUCCUGACACCUCAUUGGUCUAUAACAAGCUCCAGGUAGAUAAUUCCUGAGUGAAUCUCUGCAACCAUGAGUACUAGAACCGUGCUUUAUUUUUAAUUUUUAAAGUGUUUGCAUGAAGCCCAAAUCCAGCACAGUAUAUGAAUUUGAGGUGGGUUUAGGCUAUAGGCCUGGAUCCCCUUCUAAUUCUUGGAUCCAGAAUGGAUACAAUUCCUAGACUAGCCAGGCAAGAUUCCUGGUUAUUCCUAAUGGCCCACUGUGGGUUAAACCACUGAGCCUAGGGCUUGCCGAUCAGAAGGUCGGCGGUUCAAAUCCCCAUGACGGGGUGAGCUCCCGUUGCUCGGUCCCUGCUCCUGCCAACCUAGCAGUUCGAAAGCACGUCAAAGUGCAAGUAGAUAAAUAGGUACCGCUCUGGUGGGAAGGUAAACAGCGUUUCCGUGCGCUGCUCUGGUUCGCCAGAAACUGUAUGCCAGCUCCCUUGGCCAAUAAAGCGAGAUGAGCGGCGUAACCCCAGAAUCAUCCGCGACUGGACCUAAUGGUUAGCGGUGCCUUUACCUUUACCUAUGGGUCGUUCAGGUAGCAAAGGAAGUGGCUCGGUGCCAGAGGGCAAAUGGGUGUUUCCCAACCCCCCCCCCGCCCAAGUCGCUGGUAGUUACAAAGACAAAGACUGGAAGAGAGAGUUGAGUUAUGUGACCUAGAAGCUAGAAGCAGCAGGCUGGGAAACCAGGGAGAUAGAGCUGUGCCUGAUUUCUGCUUGAAUCCAAGGCUGCAUCUAAGCGGGAAGCAAAGGGGUUGUUAAUGUGAACCUUAUUUAUUUGUUUGUUUGUUUGUUUGUUUGUUUGUUUGUUUGUUUGUUUGUUUAUACCCCGCCCAUCUGGCUGGGUUUCCCCAGCCACAGAACACUAAAAUCCAAUAACCUAUUAAACAUUAAAAGCUUUCCUAAACAGGGCUGCCUUCAGAUGUCUUCUAAAAGUUUGGUAGUUAUUUUUCUCUUUGACAUCUGGUGGGAGGGCGUUCCACAGGGUGGGUGCCACCACCGAGAAGGCCCUCUGCCUGGUUCCCUGUAACUUGGCUUCUCGCAGUGAGGGAACCGCCAGAAGGCCCUCGGCGCUGGACCUCAGUGUCCAGGUGGAACAAUGGAGGUGGAGACACUCCUUCAUAGGUUUAGGUUGUAUAUAUGUGCAAAUAAACCAUAAAGGCAGUUCAGUCUCUGCUGCACCUCAUUCUGAAGGAAAAGCGAACCCUGGUAAGCGCUUGAAACCCCUGGAAUCUCACGCCCUUCAGACGUUGAGGUGGCAUGUAAAAAUGUUCUCAAUAUUCUCAUAGCAUGGCAAGCAUGUGAACUUAGGAGAAGGGCCCUGUUGUUGUUUUUGGUGCUGAAGUCCAGUAAGCCUCUCACGUUUGCUAUUCUUGUUUCUUUCAUAACUUUCAAACCUCUUCAAGAUUUGUUGUGAAACUGGGCCAAGACCCUGAGAACCUCGUUCUUCACUUCAACCCGCACUUUGACCCCCAGAAGUGCCGGAACACCAUUGUAUGCAACUCCAAGGAAAAUGGGCUGUGGGGGGAAGAGGAGGAGAGCAUCUCCAAGUUCCCUUUUGAGCAAGGCGGCAGAGUUCAGGUGAGGUCUUAGCAGUAGAUCAAAUGGAGCCAGGCAGGCAGCCAGCUUCUCCUGGAGUUCCCUGUGGAGGGAGGAACAUCUGUAGCCUUCCAGAUGACAUUAUAAUCCCAGCUCCCAUAAGCCUUGGCUAGCAUGGCUGAUGGUCAGGCAUGAUGGGACCAACAGGCCAACAACGUCUGGAGGGGACGACGACACAGGUUUACUUUCCCUGGCACAUGCAAAAGUGGGAUGCCUCCAUGUUUUAUAGGAGGGUUCAUUUUAUAUGGGCAGAACAACUGGAAUGCCAGUGUUGGGGGACCUGGCCUGUCUGAACAACAGUUGCGUCCCACUUUUAAUUACAAGGGCUCGCAAAUGAAAUGAUCAUCGCCUUUGUUUUGUGGAUGCUUAUGAAUUCCAUGUGUUUUUAUUACGAUGCUUUUAAAAAAUAAAAAUAUAAAAGCCUAUGCUUAUCAAUCAAGAUCCUUUAUUAGGCAUAGCAAACCACACAUUAUCAAACAGACACCGUAUACAAAUUGUGCAACAUACGAGCUCAACAUAACAAGGUUUGUCCGGGUCAGAUCUUUAACCCCAGAGAAAAUCAAUUUGCAUAAAUAAUACAAUACAGCACUACCAAAUCCCCAAUCAGUUAAGAACCACUAAUUCUCUUUAUAAUGACCCAGCCUCUCUACAUGGACAGCACUCAAAAAUUCAGCCACUAUUAAAGUAAUUUGUUCAUUCCUGUCUGAAAGCAGGUCCUGAACCGCUGGUGGCAUAGAAAUCAGCCUAUUGAGUUGUAAGGUCUCUAAUAAUUGUCUUCUGGCAUAAAUGCCAAAAUCACAAGAAAAGAAAAUAUGCUCCAAAGUAGCCUAUGCUUAUACACUUACAUAUAUAUAUUGCAAGUCAGGUAGAGACGUUUUUGGUACAAGUGACUCUUACGUAAAAAUGUGGCUGUCUUGGUCCUUGGGCUUUGAUGUACAAUGGUACCUCGGGUUACAUACGCUUCAGGUUAUAUACGCUUCAGGUUACAGACUCCGCUAACCCAGAAAUAGUGCUUCAGGUUAAGAACUUUGCUUCAGGAUAAGAACAGAAAUCGUGCUCCGGCGGCGCGGCAGCAGUGGGAGGCCCCAUUAGCUAAAGUGGUGCUUCAAGUUAAGAACAGUUUCAGGUUAAGAACGGACCUCCGGAACGAAUUAAGUACUUAACCCGAGGUACCACUGUACAGUCAUACCUCAUGUUACGUCCGCUUCAUGUUACGUUCUUUCAGAUUACGUCCUGAGGCAACCCGGAAGUACCAGAAGGAGUUACUUCCGGGUUUCGCCGCUCGCGAUGUGCAGAUGCGCCGCUGCGAGUUGCGCUCUUUUCAUGUUGCAAACGGGCCUCCAGAACAGAUCCCGUUCGCAACCAGAAGUACCACUGUACUACAGACUCAUCAGCAGUGGAAAAGCCUUGGGGGUCAAAGCAGCCUUUUGUGCUGUUGUCAGGAAAGGGAAACCCAGAAUGGCCAACUUGCACUGUCGAAAACAGUGACUGCCAUUCCUUUAGAAUCAUAGAAUUGUAGAGUUGGAAGGGACCCCAAGAGUCAUAUAUUCCAACCCCUUCAAUGCAGGAAUCUCAACUUAAAGCAUCCAUGACAGAUAGCCAUCCAACCUCUGCUUAAAAACCUUCAAGGAAGGAGAGUCCACCACCUCCUGAAGCAGACUGUUCCAAUUUUAGAAGUUAAAAUGUUGCCAGGUCAUUUAAAAAACGGUUCAGUGUCCUGCGUUGACGCCUCCCUCUCUGCUUCUUGCAGCUUUCCUUCGCAUUCCUUACUUCUGAGAUUAUGGUGCUCCUGGACGACAAACAUGAGAUCUCCUUCCCCAACCGGCUGGGCCUGAGGGUCCUUGAAUACAUGGCGGUGGAAGGAGGCUUCAGAAUCAGAGCCCUCAGAUUCCUCGAAUCUUGA